ACAACCUUGUUCGGUGGACACUGGCACCUGCAGUGUCUCGCUCGCCUGCUCGAGCAGCCCACCUCCCCCUGUUGUAAAUAUUGACCAUAUUCGCUUGCAAACAAUGUCAUCGCCCGAACAGGAUCAUCGUGUCGCCAGCGACGACGAAGCGAGGCCUACGUCCACUCGCAGCUCGUCUCAAGAAUCCGAGGUCUUCAGCCCCACUGGUAUUCAUGCUCCCGCACCGAGGGUAACAGACGGAUAUUUUGGAUACAACGAGGAGAAAACGCUGCACCACCUCGAGGAAAAGAUGUGGGCUCAGCGAAGGCGUGGCUCGGACGCUACGUCUGCGUCGAGACCUGUCUCUGAAGCCCAUCUAGAAGGUCCAAACGCUUAUGGAACCCCAGAAGAAGGUCCCAAACCUACGUCUCAACAAGAGCAGUGGAAAAUGGCACCGAUCCACGAUUCAGGUGUCUUGCCGGAGUUCAUUCCCAUCAUCGAGGCGUUCCAGAAAUGUCUCGAGCUCAGGGACAAGUACAUGCACCGCUCUGGCCAGAAGCUCGGCUUCAACCCCAAAGACCAUGAUGGGACGUUCACCGGCCUCCCGGAGGACAUUUCAGGCGUAUCUGGCGUUCGGCCUGAUAUCAACUACGACGCUUACGUCCCGCCCAAGAGCGAAUUGAAGAAGUGGCGGAUCUACCCGAAGCCCCCACCACCGCACUGGCACUGGAAAGGACCUCAUGCGACAGUCCUCAGUCAUGCGGGCUCCGACACCGAGGACGAUGAGUUCGACUUCGAGCAAUGCGAUAUACCGGGGCCAGAUGACUGGCGCUUCGAAUUGGAUGAAAAGGGCGUAUUUCAAGUCUAUAAGAGCAAGGACGACUCCGCGUUUGACGUCCCCAGCAUCAGGGAGUACUUCAUGGAUCUGGAGUACGUCCUCGGCUUCGCGUACCGGAGAUUGAAUUAUCUCACGAGCAAGUUCACUAUGUACUCGUUGCUCAAUGAGACACAAGAGCUGGCGGAUAUGAAGUUAACUUCGAGAUUCAGAGACUUCUACAACGUCCGUAAGGUUGACACGCAUAUCCACCACUCUAGCUGCAUGAACCAAAAGCAUCUUUUACGCUUCAUCAAGUCCAAAAUGAAGCGAUACCCUCACGACGUUGUCAUUCAUCGUGACGGACGCGAACUCACUCUCGAACAAGUCUUCCAAUCUCUGAACCUCACCGCAUACGACCUCUCCAUAGACACGCUAGACAUGCACGCGCACCAGGACUCAUUCCAUCGUUUCGACAAUUUCAACCUAAAGUACAACCCAAUUGGCGAAUCUAGGCUACGAGAGAUCUUCCUCAAGACUGAUAAUUAUAUCGCUGGCCGAUACUUGGCGGAGCUCACGAAAGAGGUCAUGACGGAUCUCGAACAAAGCAAAUACCAGAACUCGGAAUGGCGACUCAGUAUCUACGGACGGAACUCCGACGAGUGGGACAAGCUCGCCCGAUGGAUUGUGCACAACAAGCUGUAUUCACACAAUGUACGAUGGCUCAUCCAGAUUCCGCGUCUGUACGACGUGUACAAACAGAAUGGAUCGAUAGAGAACUUUGAGGAUAUUGUCAAAAAUGUAUUCCGACCAUUGUUUGAAGUUACGCACGACCCGAGCUCUCAUCCAGAACUGCAUGUAUUCUUACAACGUGUUAUUGGCUUCGACACUGUCGACGACGAGUCAAAGACUGAGCGGCGCUACCACCGCAAGUUCCCAUACCCGCGACUGUGGAAUGCUAAGGAGUCCCCUCCGUACUCGUAUUGGUCAGUUGUCGCACUUGCUAAUUUUGUUCAUACAUUCGUCUUUCGUCCCCAUAGCGGCGAAGCUGGAGACACGGACCAUCUGACAUCCGCCUUCCUCACCGCGCAUUCGAUCUCCCACGGCAUCCUCCUUCGCAAGGUCCCCGCCCUGCAGUACCUCUUCUACCUCAAGCAGAUUGGGAUCGCCAUGAGUCCUCUCAGCAACAACGCCCUGUUCUUGAUGUAUGAGCGCAACCCGCUACCCGACUUCUUCAAGGUGGGGCUGAACGUCAGCCUGAGCACGGAUGAUCCGCUCCAGUUCCACUUCACCAAGAUUUACAAGUUCCCUCAGAGCUCCUUAGCCGAACUCGCGCGUAACUCCGUGAUCCAGAGUGGGUUCGAGAUGGAGAUCAAGCAGCAUUGGCUGGGGCAGCACUGGUACCUGCCAGGUGCUGCGGGCAACGACAUAAACAAGACAAACGUCCCCAAUCUUCGACUGGAGUAUCGGCGACAGACCCUUGUGGAGGAGUUGAUGAUGUUGAGAGCAAAUGAUCCUGCGUCGACCAACUGAUUGUUUCCGGUCACACAAAGGUUGCGCACAGGGUUGCAAGACACGUCGCCGUGUUCGAAACGAACCAUGACUGGCGUAGUUACCCGUGCAGAGCUACUAGGUCAGGAUUCAAUUGGGAAUAUUGACUUGCGUCCUGCAGUUUUGAUUGCGCAAAUCGCAUCCGGUUGUGAAGGGAAUUUGCUACGUACUUUACUCGGGCAGAUGACCGGUGUCAACAGGUUCUUGGUUGACAUAAUGGUGCUCCUUGACAUUGCAUGGACAACUGAAUGCCACGUUCACCCGGGAGUCGAAGUCUGUACAAUGCGCUCCGCACUCUCCGGCACCCUGUAU